ACUAUGGGACAGCGAAGCGGUGGGACAAAGCCAUGCGGAAGAUAUUGCUGUAAAUGAGAGAAAAAAAACAAGUCUGUUUGACUUCAGUGCAUGGGCGCAAACUGGGCGCAUGUAGGCAAGCUGCGUAUGCGUAAAAGUUGGCCAAAAUGUUCCUCGUACUGCUCCUGGGGCUCUACGUGGCCACAGGUGAACUUUUCUCCCCAGUGAGCUCGUGUCCGGCGCAGUGCAGCUGUUUUUACCACAACCUGAGUGAUGGAUCAAAGGCCAGGAGCGUGAUCUGCAAUGAUCCCGACAUCUCUCUUGUGCCUGUCGGGUUCCCUGUUGACACGUCCAAACUGCGGAUUGAGAAGACGGCCAUCCAGCGGAUACCAAGCGAAGCCUUCAACUACCUCUCCAGUCUGGAAUUCUUGUGGAUGUCUUUCAACACACUGUCCGCCUUGAACCCGGACAGUUUCCGGGGACUGUACAACCUGGAAGAGCUUCGUCUGGACGGGAAUGCCCUCACCGCCUUUCCCUGGGAAUCUCUUAUGGAUAUGCCCAGUCUCAGACUUCUCGAUUUGCACAACAACCAGCUCACCUCGCUGCCCGCGGAGGCCACCUCUUACAUCAAGAAUCUCACCUACCUGGAUUUGUCCAGCAACAGCCUGCUGACCCUGCCGACAGAGGUGCUGUCCACCUGGCUGGCGGCAAAACCUGUGCAGGGGCCAGAGAGCUCCAAAAUGAUACUUGGUCUCCAUGACAACCCUUGGGUGUGUGAUUGUCGGCUCUAUGACCUGGUCCAGUUCCAGAAAUCUCCAACUCUCUCAGUGGCUUUCAUCGACACGAGACUGCGUUGUUCAGCUCCCGAGAGCCUCUCAGGGGUCUUGUUCAGUGACGCGGAGCUGCGGCGCUGUCAGCUCCCACGCAUCCACACAGCUGUAGCGCGAGUCCGGAGCGCUGUGGGGAACAAUGUGCUGCUCAGGUGUGGGACCAUUGGAGUUCCAAUCCCAGACCUGACAUGGCGCAAGGCGGAUGGACGAGCCCUGAAUGGAACAGUCCAGCAGGAAACCUCAAAGGAAGGGAUCACCUGGUCCAUCCUCAGCGUCCCAGCAGUGUCCUACCGUGAUUCAGGGAAAUACAUCUGCAAGGCCACAAACUACGCAGGGAACGCUGAAGCUGUCAUUUCUCUGCUUGUCUCUAACUCACCAAAACCAGAGGGGAACCAGACCCUCAACGACAAGAGAGCCAAAGUUAAGAAACCUAACCCGGUGGGUAAAGCUGCCUACCAAGAGAGACUUGUUGCCAGAUAUGUAGUUCCAACCUCCUCCUCUUCAUCUCUGGAUCCAGGCCUUCCACCUGGCCUCGGUCCUGACCCUGGAGUUGCCGGUUAUAGCCUGGCAGACAGAGCCACCCCAGGGCCCGCCACCUCUUCAAACCCAGACUCCCUACUGGAUCUGGAGAAGACUAACCUAAGCAACCUUGCCGCCAACACCUCGUCCCUGCAGCAGGACCCGGACAGGGUUGUCCGCUCUGUGAAGGUGGUGGGGGACACAGACAAUACCAUCUCUCUAAACUGGAGAGCCCCUAAAGCAAAGAACACCACAGCUUUCAGUGUGCUAUAUGCUGUGUUUGGAGAGAGGGAUAUGAGGAAGAUCAAUGUGGGGGCCGGGCAGAAUCGGGUCACCAUUGAGGGUUUGGUGCCCAGGACCAAGUACAUUGCCUGCGUGUGUGUGCGGGGACUGAUCCCCAAAAAGGAGCAGUGUGUCAUAUUUUCAACAGACGAAGCAGCAAGUGCUACGGGCACCCAGAGGCUUAUUAAUGUGAUUGUCAUCACAGUGGCCUGUAUCAUCGCUGUCCCCCUCACAGUCAUCGUGUGCUGCGGGGCGCUGAAGAGACGCAUCCAGAAGUACUGGGGGAAGAAAUCCAAGGACAUCCAAGACUCAUAUGUGACCUUUGAGACUCUGUCGCCCGGCACUAAGGCCAAAGGCCUGGAAGGGGAGUAUUUGAACAGACUGAACCCAGAGGAGUCCAACAGACUGCUGUCCGCCCGCUCCAGCCUGGACUCCGAGGCCACAGCUAAGAUAGAGGGACAGCCUAAUGAGUACUUCUGCUGACAUCAUGCUCCAGCUCCAGCUUCUGCUCCACAUCAUCUUCCUCGCAUUCACCCGCAUCCAAUCUCCAGUCCCAAUCUCAACCCCCACUCAAAUCGCCAUCCUCAUCCUCAUCCGAUCCUCAUCCGAAUCCUCAUCCCCAUCACCAGUCCAAUCCCCAUCUCCACCCUCGCCCGUAUCCGCAUCACUACCAAUACUCUCAUCCGCAGCAUCAUCCUGACGUCAGCCCCCCUCCCUCGCGCUCCCACACGCCCACACCCUGGGAUUCCCCCCCACCUGUCCCUCCUCGCUGGAUCAUGCCGCCCACACCGCCGCCGCAGAGAGCCAACUUCUAUCAGAGGACUUUUGCUCGCUGCACCAUCAUGGAAAUAUCGGUUUAGGAAGGUUUUAAAUUUUAAAAGAACUUGUUUUUCAAGAUACAGUAUAAGCAGAAUAUUUCAUGAUUCUUUUAGAAAAUAUUCACACACACACUUUUUAAUGUCUAAAAAUUGUUUUGUUUUUUUAUCACAAAGCCAGUAAGAAGAAAACAUGUGAAAAGUAAAAGGAGCAUAACAAUUAUUAGAAUUCAUUUCUCAUCUCAUUUGCAUGGCCCAGCGAAGAAAAAACCUCCACAUCCUGAUCUGACUGAAAAGGAACUCAAAGGUCGAUCCUCCGGUGUUUUUGUCACAUAUGUAUGUGUAUGAUUUGUAUAUACUGUGCUGGAUGAUGAACACUUACAUAUACAGUUAAGUCUGUGCCUCUGUAUAUAUCUGUCAUACGUUCUCAGAGAAGAUAUACACACAGGCAUGGUUCAACACUCUGGUGAUGGAGAAAAGCCGGAGCUGGAGAGAAGUACAGAAAGGACUGAACUAUGACACUUUGUAAAUAAGGUGGAGAAGAUUCAAAAUGUUAAAUAAUUUCUAUUCCCCACAAUGAGACACCUACUAAAAAUAUCUCUAUGUACCUGUUUAGUGCCACCUAGAUUCAUCAUUACCCCAUUCAAUGUAGAUCUUUUAAGUCCAAUGAUAUUAUU